AUGUACCCAAGCGGCAAAUACAAGAUCACCGGUCGCCGGACCGGUCUUUUCAUACCAACCAUGAGUACUCCUCGUCGCUCCACGCUCACGACACUUCCGGUUGAGCUUGUCUUGUCUGUUAUGGAUCACCUCGACAACUGGUACGACAUCCAUAACCUAAUGCGAGCGUACCAAGGCCUCGAAAACUCGAAUACGACUCGACGGCUUCAAAAGCUCAUGUUCCGCGCCGAUGCACGUAAACUGAAACAGCGCCUCGAUUCCGGCUACGGAGGGUAUCCCCUACUACAGUCGACACCUCCGAUAACCGCGGGUUGUUGGGCGAUCCUCAUGGGCGACGUCGAGCUAGCUCUAUCCGCUCUAGAUGAAUACCGAGUCCAGGGCAGCGAGGACUAUCUUUACGCCACGAGGGAUAGCACCGAGGGCCAUCUUCACUGCACGGGGUGCCAGGAAUCGGAAGGAGAUGAGCAGUUUCGGGGGCCCAGCCGUUUCAACAAGUGGGCGGAGGUGUUGCACCUGUCUAAACCAUGCACCAAUUACAUGGUCACCGCUCUGGGUCUGGCCGCCUGGCAAGGCCGCAAGGAUAUGGUCAAGGUCUUGAUAGACAAGGGCGCCCGGAUUCGUUGGCGGCACCCAGACGGAGGCUAUCCCACAAGCGAAGUAAUCGUGGUUGCCGCUCUCUCCGACUGGGGGUUGGACUUGGACGAGCAAAAAGGUAUGAAAAUGAAAGAAGAAGAAUGGAUGGACGUGGAGGAGCCAUGGGACACGGAACCUAUUACCGCCGACGUUGUUAUUAAUGGGGAAGAAUUGGACAAUAACGGCGAUGAAAUGGCUGAUAACCUCCGCCAGCCUGACGAAGAAAAACUCCAGAUGGAGGCAGCCCUCUUCAAAACAAUGAUGGAGGAAGGAGCCAAGCAACCGGUCAAGCCUAGCCAACUUCGAUGGGCACUGGAGACAGCUCUUGAAGGGUACUCCAUCAGGGCUUUGAACCGCCAUCCGCGCGUGAUCCUCCAUUUUGUCAAGAUGCUGAAUUAUCUGGUAGAAAGAGGUGCAACAUUCGAGAAACUCCACAGAAACUCUGUCAAGAUUGUUGCAACGUAA